AUGGGCUUAAAAAAAGAAGAUAAUAAUAAAGCAAAGCAAGCAAUACCCGUCUCUGAUAAAACAUUAUUCACAGUUACCUUAUUUUCUACAUUUGUAAAGAAUAAUAUUGUUACUUCUAAUGAUAUUCGGAAGACUACUUCCUUAAUUGCUGGAAAUGUUGCUGCGUCAACACUUGGAUUAACUAGUCUGUCGAUUGUACCGUUAAUUUUAACAUCAAUAAUUGACGCAUUAGGUUUUGGUACAGGAAGAGGUGCAGCAAAUUCAUUCGCUUCUUGGUUUAUGUCAUUAUAUGGAGGUGUUUUUUUUAUUCUACAAUCGAUUGGAACUACUGGAUUAGGAGGUGUUGGAACCUUAAUAAGCAAUGGCUUCGGAGCAGCUGUUAGAGCUCUAGUUGGGGCAUUAGGCGGUGCUAAGUUGGCAUACUAUUUUAAUAUUAUGGAAUUAACUGGAGAAGAAAAACAAAACUUUGAGAAAUUAGUUCAAAUCGAAGAAAAAAAAAUUUCAAAUAAUGAUAAUACUAUGGUCACAUUCACACUUACGCCAACUUUAUUGUAUAAUAAAGAAAAGUUAAAACUUUUUAUUGAAGCGUUCAUAGCUUGUUCAUCUUUUGCUAAUUCUAAUUUGUUUAAAUUUUAUUUUCAAGAAAGUGGUUUAUUUUUAUGGAAAUUAAAAUACCAUGAAAAAUAUUUGAAAGGCAAUGUUUAUAACUUGUUAGUUAGCAAUUACGGAGAAUACAGAGUGAAACCUAUUUUAAAAUGUCAUUUAAUAGUUGGAUAUGAUUUAGAUCUUAGUGAUUAUGAGCCACCAAGUUUUGUAAUGAAAGCAUUGGUGGCAAUUUGGAGAAAUAUAAAUAAGGGCGACGGAGAUGGUAAAAUAAAGUCAAAAUUAUAA